AUGCACCUGCAGAGCUCUCGUCCGUCCAGCGGUGUGGCGGCGCCGAAGCAGCUCCACCGUGGCAUGCCUUCACCCGGCCGCCCUGCCAAAACGAGGAUGCGCUGCCGUCUUGCUGUGUUGAAGGGUUUCCUCCUGCGCGUCGACGUCUCCUUGUCUAUCGCCUACCUCCUCAUACUCCUCUGCGUCGCCGUGCCCGUCGUCGUCGUGUCGCAGGUCUACCUCACGCGCACGCUGGUCACCUCGUGGCGCACCGUGCACAACACGCGUGUGUACUACAUCACGGAGCGCAUCUCCAUCAGCACCAUAAGCGUGCACAACAUCGCCAACGGCUUCAUGGCACUCAAUAUACUGGGCGAGCGCAGCUACACCGACCACGACCUCAUGGAGAACCUCUGCUCCUCGCUCGACAACUAUGACAAGCUGACGCGCUUUCGUGCACUCUCGUUGGUGUCUCUAGAGACCGAGAGCACCAUAAGCUGUAUCCAUGGCAUCCCCACCAUGGACUCCAUGCGCACCCUUACCGGCUACGUCUCGUACAACAACAUGAUCAACGGCACCUACCUCAUCGAUAACGGGACGUACGACUUCGUGCAACCACUGCAGAUGGUGGCGGAGUGGCCGGAGUCGGCGCGUAACAUCUCCGCUGCCACGACGACAACGUACAGCGGCGCGCCCAUCCUUGAGCUGCUGCCUGCCUACCUCGAUGGCAGUGUCGGCAGCGUUGACUCGCGCCACCACUGGAUCCUCCCCGAAAUCAUGCCGCACAUCAUCUGCUACAUCCUGCCGGUCGGCUACCUCGCCCGUGGUCGCACGGAUAUCAGCGGCAUGAGCUACACCGACUUCACGCAGGUGCUACUCGACGGCUCUCGCAUGCUGCUGGACUACGACUUUGUGGAGGCGCCGGGGCUCGCCAUGGCCGCCUUCAUCAACCAGAGCCUCGCUGACGACGAUCCCCUCGUGCUCUCCAACAGCUGGGGUCAACCCUCCGUCAGUAACGACAGCAUCUACUCCAUUUUCACGGCAGUGCCAGUUACGUACCUUAAGGCGAGCAAUAUUAGUGACCCGCUCAUGCGUGCCGCACUCAAGCACGUCGACCUCGCAGCACUGCAGGAGGAGGGCUACAGGCGCUCCGUCAACUUCGAGUACGCCGGCGCCGCCGCUUUCGUCACAGCGUACGCGUACACCACCGCGCAGGGUCUCGUUGUGCCGCUGGUGGUCGCCAGCAGCCACGCCGCCAUCACGACACCAUACCUGCUCCUCAUGCGCAUAUUCGACGCCAUCUUAGCUGCCGUGAUCCUCUUGCUCACUGGAGCUUCCUUUAACAGUGCGCGAUGCCUGAUCUCGCAGCCGCUGCGGCGCAUAACGGCGCUCAUGCUGGCGAGUAUGAGUGCUGGUCGGCGUGCGCUCUUCUACACCACAACGAGCAGCACACUGCUCCAAUUGACAGAGGUGCACGCGCUCAUCAAGGCACACAAUGCCGCGAUGCAGCAGCUGCGAGAGAUCGACGCCUUCGUGCUCGAUGAACUCAGUGCCGAGGGCAGAGCGCAGCGCACGACCAGCAGCGUAUCCAACAUAGCGUCCUCCAUGGGCACCUCACAGGGGCGAAAAGGGACGAAACUCGGAAGUCGCUGUCUUGCGACGCACCUCUCCACAGCCGUGUUUCUCAUCAUUCAACCCCCUUCGGCACCCUCCGGUAGUCAAGCAGUCCUGUCGCUGACCGCGGCACCACCCCCCAUCCUAGCCGAACACGGCGAGCAAAAACCCCUGCGCGGCCAGCGCUUGGUAAGCGUUGUCCGGCACGCAGCGCAGGCAGCCAACACCGCCAACAGCGGCCCCUUUCCCACACCAGCCGCACUGACAGCAUUCAUCACCGCCGUGUACGAGCUGUGCCACACGCACCACGGCACGCUGCACCGCCUCUGCCCCGACGCAUGCGUGCUGCACUUCAACAGCGCGGUGCGCGCGCACCUUUCGCGUGGGCCGGGAGACGCUAGCGCGGCGGCGGCGCCCCCUGCACCCGCUCCGAGGCAUGGUGUCCCCGCUGCGCAGUCGGCACCGCAGCCGAGGCCACCGCGCGCCACGCGGCAGGAGGAGAUGAGGCGCCGCGCGGCGCAGGACGCACGCAGCGCCGCGGCCUUCGCGCUGGACCUGGUGAGCUGGACGGCCGCGCAGGGCGGCAGCGGCGAAAGCGCACAAACGGACGGCGCGUCGGCCAUGCCCGACGUGCGCGCGCUGCUGGACACGAGCAUGUUCACGUGCGGGCAGUACCGCCCCGCCGGCAGCGAGCAGACGCUGCAGGUGGCGCUUGGCCGCGACGUGCAGCGUGAUCUGGGCCGCGUGCCGCAGCGCAUCGGCGUGCGCGUGGCCAUGACGGAGGAGACGGCGACGCUGCUGCGCGCGGACGACGAUAGCGGCGGCCGGGGCCGCGGCCAUGUGGACGCUGGCGUGCGGCAGAUCCCAGUGGAUGUGCUGCGCACGGGCCGCGCGGGGCUGGACGGCGAUGUGGUGGUGCUGUACGAGGCUCUGCCCGGGCGUGUGGCCGGCGACGCGGCGUGGCAGCAGUACGCACGCUGCUGCUGCGACGGCUUCGAGCACAUGCUGCGCGGCGACUACGCUGGCGCGCUGGCCGCCUACCGCGGCGUCGCCGAGAUCGCGGACCUGGAGCCCGGGCUGCUGCCGGCGGCCAUGCGCCGCGAGGCGGCGGCCAGCGCCGUGACGGGUGGUGCCGUGUCGGUGCAGGCGGCGCGGCUGAUGCGCGAGUGUGAGCGCCGCGUGCGACUGCGGAUCACGGAGCCGCUGUGCAAUGCCAUCUCCAGCCUCCUCGGUGUCGAUCAGGUGUUAAGUAAGUGGGCCCUUGAAGAUGUGGCCGAAGGCAGUCAUCCCAAGUACGCACAGGAGGCAGUAGUGGAGGUGGAUAAAAGCAUCGCGGAUGGGCGACCGAGGCGGAACUCUAGGAGGAGCGCGCAGAGCUUCGGAGAACUCGUGAAGUAUCCAGAGGUUCGCUACCGUUGCGUCGUGCACUUUCAGGAGAGGCAGGUUACCCUCCGGUGCGUGCUGCCCUCGGCGCCCAGGUGGAUUCGUGAUCAUAUGGGGUUGUGCUGGCAUCUCUCACGCAGCCAUGACAACGAUGAAGCGACCCCAGUCUGGAAUGGCAUGCAGAUGGCCCUCGGCUCCGCCGGCUUCAUCGCAUCCGUGAGCUUUUCUACAUUCCGCGAUCUUCAUCCGGUCGUGGCGAAAUCCAUUCGUGAUGCACCACCGGGCCCGAUGUCGGACGCACUGCGCAGCGCCACGCCUGUCUGUGGUCCCUCCUCAGAACAGGAGGCCUUCAUGAAAGGCACCCUUCUCAUGCACCAGCACCUCCGCCAUCCCAACAUUGUCUCCCUCAUCGGCUACUCGCACUCGCUUGAGGGCGGGGUGGUACUGAUCUGGGAGUUCAGCCCCGGUGGCACGCUGCGCGAACUGCUGAAUCGGUACGGGCGGCUGCCGGCGAUAACAACAAUACGGUUUGGGCUGCACGCCUUGUCUGCGCUGUCUUUCCUUCACGAGAACAACAUCGCUCACGGAAACCUUAACCUUGACACUGUCAUGGUCAACUCGGACGGAAGCUGCCGCUUAGUGGGGCUGUACACGCAUGAGCGGCUUCCCUUCGCGCUUCCUCAGACCCACUACAUAAGCCCCCUGAUGGCCACCGGUGCGCUGCCAACGCCCGCCUGCGAUGUGUUCUGCUACGGUCUCGGGGCUCUAGAAGGGCUCACGCGGCAGCCCUGCUGGAGAUGGGCAACGAAGGAAGAUGGAGAGCCAUACGGCGCUACCCUGGAGUUGCCCGACCUCAUGAAGAACGGCGGACACGCGUUCUGUGAGGCGGUGGUGCAGGGACGCGUGGUGGCGAACGCGGAAGCGUUCGACACACCGAUGUUUGCCGAGAAAUACAAUGAGCUUGCACGGAGCACACUGCGCAGCUGCGUCUCCCACACCCCGUCCGAGCGGCCGACGGCGGUGGAGGUGCGAAAUAUCGUCAAGAUACUUCUUAGUGAAGGUGGGCUGGCCUGCGAAGAGGACGAGGUCUGA